UUUUUUGGUAACUUUUUUUUUGCCGUUCUUUAAUCCCUGGCUAAAAUACAAAAAAAAAGGAAAAAUAGAAAAAAGCCAAGGGGAUAAUGUAAAGCAGCCGAUGAUGCAAAAAGCGUCCCAAGCGCACAAGAAAUACAAAAAAUUAAAUAAAAUUGUUAUAUAGUUAAAUUUAAGGCAAACGAAACGCACAACAAAAAGCCAAAAUAGAUCAAGUAAUUAAAUUUAAUUAAAAUAAUCACUAAUCAAGCGAUUAGAAAUCAUCAAACUUCAAGCUUCAACUGAGGAAAUCUGAGAACACCAAGUCUUACCGCGGAACUAUUCGACUAAGAGCGCCAAACAAAAAUCAACUAUAUAGCCUGUUAUACAUUACGCUGAAAUCCAAAGACGAUAUGCUUUCAAUCUGAGGCCACUGGACAGCAGGAGCAAUGAGCAUCAGUGCGACCUGGGCUUGGGUUCCGUCACCGUCUCCACAUCCGAUUCCGAAUCCAAAUCCGAAUCCGAGUCCUUCUCCGCCUCCCGUGCCGUGUCUUUGAUGCCAGUUGGAGUUGGAUUAGGAGCUGAGGUAGAGGAACAGGAUCAGGAACAGGAUCCGGAUCCGGCUAAGGGCGAACAGGAGCAGCAGGAGCUGGAGCAGGAGCCCCCUUUGAAGUGGCGCCCUUGACUUGCGCGAUGCAAGCGAACAGCAGCCGCUCCAAUCUAAGCGCACAAUCCUCGGGCACGCCGUCGGCCUCAACGAUCUCCUCGUCCCAGGGCAAACAACAAGUUGUCGAACUAUCUGGCUAUGUCAUCAUACUCGUCGAGAAUGUGGAGGGUAAAAUUAAACUAUACGGCUCACCGCCCGAUCGCGAUAAUCUGGAAGUGGGCGAUGAGAUACUCGAGGUCAAUGGCCUGACCCUGGAGAAUAUAUCGCGCACGGAGGUCAUUCGCCACAUACACGACUGCAUUAAAUCCUGUACUAUCUGUCUGCGUGUGCGAAAGAAGAAUGAUUCACGACUGGCCUGGGAUAUUGGCAACUCGGUGCAGGACGCCUUCGUCAUCGCCGUCGAGGAGCACGCCCGCGAGCGUCUGCAAAGAUUGGCGGCCUUGAACCGGGUCACGCCCGUCGACAUCACCCAGCUGUCCAAGAAGCUGCAGCAAACGAAGAGCGGUACGACAACGAGCCAGCGGCAGGACCUUAGUUUCCUGAACGAGUCGACGCCGAUCUAUGUGACGUCCUUCACCAGCAACCAAAUCACCUGCAGCAGCUCCACGAUGACGACGGCCACCGCGGGCGGACCGAUAAGUGCACCAUCCUUGGCUCCGACGACGGCCACCACGACGGUGCCCACGGCAUCGUCGCACACCACCACUGUGGUGGCUCAGAUCGAGCAUGGGGCAGCGUCGGCGUUGGUUAGUGCCGCAGUGGCGGCUGCAACUGCCGCCGAUCGGAAUGCGAACAAUACCACCUCGGCGGCUUUGAAACAGACUGUAAUGGGGAAUAGUUCGGCCAGCACCGCCACUACCACCAGCAUCACCAGCACCACCAGCAGCUCCACUAGCUGUGCCACGGGGCACAUUUACCAGACCAGUCAGGCGCAGCAGCAGCAGUUGCAACAGCUGCAGCAGCAACUUGCAGCUGCGGCAGCGGCGGGUAAACCACUGCAGGCCAAGUCCUUGCUGGCCAGCAGCUUGCAACAUCUCGCCGAGGAGGUGGACAACGAGGACAUCGAUGACGACGACGACGUCGAUGGGGCCAACUAUUGUGGCAUCACCUACAUCAGCUACAACAACAAGCAUGCCCAGUUGCCAACGACCACGUUGCCGGCCACCACCGCUUUGCCAGCGGCAGCUGCCACAUUGGCCACCACCGCAGCGAUCCACCAACAGAGGCAGCAGCAGCAACAGCAGCAGCAGCAGCAGCACCACCACCACCACCCGAUCCAUCAGAUUCACCCAGGCGGUGCCGGAGCCAUUGGUUGCCACCAAAUCAAUCGCGCCACGGCACCGGCACCACUGCAACUCGGCGGUCCGGUGAAUCCCAGCUUCGUGGAUGCCCAGACAUCCACGUCACCGCUGAUGGCCAGCUGCGAGCUGGAGCGGCAUGUCCAUGGCACCACCACCCCGAAAACGGAGUACUCCACGGCCAUUUCCAGUGGCCAGUUGCAGCAGGCCUUUGCCGAAUUGCAGCUGCACUCCAGCAACAACAAUGCCACACAGCAGCAACAGCAGCAGCAACAUUUACUUUUAAGCAACAACAAUAAUAGCAAUAAUUCAAUGGCAGCGGCACAAACAACGGCAUCUCUGAUGAAGAAUUGUGAUCUACUGAUAUCGAACAAUCUGUAUCCACCGAGAAGAGAGUUACUAGAAGACGUCAUAGUCCAUCAAGCCAGUGAUGUCCAUUCAUACGGCACGAGUGCAACAGCAGCAAUCGCCAGUAGUAGCAACAGAUCACAGCAGCAACAUCAGUUGCUGAGUGCCGCCUACGAGUUGCAGCAACAGCAAUUGCAACUGCAACAGCAGCAGCAGAACAGUCCCACAAGUAGCAUAUCAAUAGGAAGAACUGAACUUUUACUGGGCGAUCAGAGUCUACGACAGGAUCCCAGAGGGAAUCGCCGGCGCUCCGGCUCAAGCAUUGUUGUGCUGGACGGCGACGACCUGAAGCCAUGUCUGCCGGAUGACUACAUAAGCGGCCAGCACCACCUGAACCACCAACAGCAGCUGCAACUGCAGCAGCAGCUCCAGCAGCAACAUCCGCUCCAGCAGCAGCAGCAGCAGCACUAUCGCACGCACUCGGGCGACAUCAGGGAAAUUGACCAGGAAAUGCUGACCAUGCUGUCCGUGAACCAAGAUAACGGUCCACACCGUGAGAUGGCCGUCGAUUGUCCGGACACGUUCAUCGCGCGUAACAAGACGCCACCCAGAUAUCCGCCACCCCGUCCACCGCAGAAACACAAGAAAAGCACCACCAACAAGUUCACCAACAACUCCACCAACAACACCACUACCACCAACCACACCAACACAAUCACAGCUAUGACUAACAAUGAUCAUGCUAACAAAAUGUUAAUUGUUGCAUAUCAUUCUUCACAUCAACAUGAACAACUACAACAACAACUACAACAACCAAUACCACCACCACCACAUCAUGAACAACAACACCCAUCAAAAUCAACAACAACAAUUGCACUCGAUGUGGCCACACAAAACCUGUACAAUCAAAAACAACAAAACAAAUUGGAACAAAUCGAAAACUAUGAAAACUGUCUGCAAUCGGAACAACACGAACAACUUGAGCAGAAACAGCAGCAGCAACAAUUGCCAGCUGCAACCGCAACGACAGCAACACAAAUUGCUCAGCAACAGACGCCCAGCCACAAGUUGCAGGCAACACUAAGUAGCGAUCCCAAUGGCAACAGCAAUGCGAAUGCCAACGGCAGCAGCAGCAGCAGCAACACCAACACCGUCGGCAGCAACAGCAACAACAGCAGCAUCACGGACGACUUCCUGUGCGUUGUGGAUGGUCUAUAUCAAGGACGCAAGGAUUCUGCCUCGCCCUCGUCGAGCGCCUUCGACGAGGUGAUGAGCAAACAUACCCUGGACUCCUUUGGCAGCAUCGCCUAUCGUCACCUGCACCAGCAACAUCAGGCAACGAGCAACGGCAACAGCAGCAACAGCAAUAGUAAUUGCAACAGCAAUAGCAACAGCAAUACCAGCAACAACACGGCCGAGUCAAAUAAUACCAAUGCAGCAGUCGUCGGAGUCACCAGCACCAACAGCAGCAACAGCAACAGCAAUUCGCUGAACAGCAGCAACAGCUCGAUGCACACCAGCAGCAGCAGCAGCGGUCACAGCAGUAACAUUGCAAGUGCCACAUCCACCAGCAGUUCGACGGUGCCCGAUGAUUUGAGUUUGGCGCCGCCCGGUUACGAGGUGAGCCAGCAACAGCAACAUCAGCAGCAACAUCAGGUUGCUCCCGUUUCGAUGUUGCUGCCACCGACGGCCAAACAUCGCGAGUUGCCCGUGGAUGUUCCAGACAGCUUUAUCGAGAUGGUGAAGACUCCGCCAAGAUAUCCGCCACCUGCUCAUCUCUCUUCUCGCGGAUCGCUACUAUCGAACGGCAGCACCUCCACCGCCCACACCACGCUCUCCUCGCUGGGCGUGUCGCCUGUAACAUUAGCAGCAGCCACAUCAGCAACAGCAGCAACAUCAGCAGCAGCGGCAGUAGCAGCAGCAACAUCAGCGUGUGCAACCGCAAGUGUUGCUGCUGCUGCGGUUUCUGGUGUUGUUGACGUUGGCGAUGCGAGGCGGGUGGCCGAUGAGCUCAAUGGGAAUGCAAAGCCCGUACCGCCGCCCCGUGAUCACUUGCGGGUGGAAAAGGAUGGGCGUCUGGUCAAUUGCUCCCCUGCCCCUCAACUUCCGGAUCGGCGGGCGCCGGGCAAUGGGAGCAGCGGCAGCAGCAGCGGUCCACCGCAUCCGCUGCAGCAACAGCAGAUCGCCCAGAUCGUGGAGCCCACUCUGGAGCAGCUGGACAGCAUCAAGAAAUACCAGGAGCAACUGCGCCGACGACGCGAGGAAGAGGAGCGCAUAGCGCAGCAAAAUGAGUUCCUGCGGAACAGUCUUCGCGGCUCCCGGAAGCUGAAGGCGCUCCAGGACACGGCCACGCCCGGAAAGGCGGUCGCCCAGCAGCAACAGCUACAGGCAACGCAGGCCACUCAGGUGGUGGGCGUGGAGAAUGAGGCGUAUCUGCCCGACGAUGACCAGCCACCGCAGACGGAACAGAUCGAUGGCUAUGGCGAGCUGAUAGCGGCCCUCACCCGCCUGCAGAAUCAGCUGAGCAAGAGCGGACUGAGCACGCUGGCGGGUCGUGUUUCGGCCGCCCACAGUGUCCUGGCCAGCGCCAGUGUGGCCCAUGUUCUGGCCGCCAGGAGCGCUGUGCUGCAGCGACGACGUUCCCGGGUCUCCGGGCCACUGCAUCACAGUGCCCUCGGCCUGCAGAAGGAUAUUGUGGAGCUGCUGACGCAAUCGAACACGGCGGCGGCCAUUGAGCUGGGCAACCUGUUGACCAGCCACGAAAUGGAGGGUCUGCUUCUGGCCCACGAUCGCAUUGCCAACCACACGGACGGCACGCCCUCACCCACGCCCACGCCCACUCCGGCCAUCGGAGGAGGAGCAGGAGGAGGGGGAGCGGGAGCGGGAUCCACACUGAGUGGCCACAGCAGUCCGGUGGCAGGAGCAAAGCGAAACCUCGGCAUGGUGGUGCCGCCGCCGGUGGUGCCGCCACCACUGGCGCAGCGCGGAGCCAUGCCACUGCCGCGCGGGGAAUCCCCGCCACCGGUUCCCAUGCCACCGCUGGCCCAAAUGCCCAUGUCCAUGCCCGUAUCGCUGCCGAUGAGUGCCUGCUUUGGCACGCUGAACGAUCAGAACGACAACAUCCGGAUCAUACAGAUCGAGAAGUCGACGGAACCACUGGGCGCCACGGUUCGCAACGAAGGCGAGGCGGUGGUCAUUGGCAGGAUUGUGCGCGGCGGAGCGGCGGAGAAGUCGGGACUGCUGCACGAAGGCGACGAGAUACUGGAGGUCAAUGGCCAGGAACUGCGAGGCAAGACGGUGAACGAGGUGUGCGCUCUGCUGGGCGCCAUGCAGGGCACCCUGACGUUCCUCAUCGUCCCGGCGGGUAGUCCGCCAUCCGUUGGCGUGAUGGGUGCCAGCACCGGUAACACCCUUGCGGGAUUGGGUGGAGCUCAUCGCGAUACCGCCGUGCUGCAUGUGCGGGCGCACUUCGACUACGAUCCGGAGGACGACCUGUAUAUUCCGUGCCGGGAGCUGGGCAUCAGUUUCCAAAAGGGCGAUGUCCUGCACGUGAUCAGCCGCGAGGAUCCCAACUGGUGGCAGGCGUAUCGCGAGGGUGAGGAGGACCAGACGCUGGCCGGUCUCAUUCCUAGUCAGUCGUUCCAGCAUCAGCGCGAGACCAUGAAGCUGGCCAUUGCGGAGGAGGCGGGCCUGGCCCGAUCCCGGGGCAAGGACGGAUCGGGUAGCAAAGGAGCCACGCUCCUUUGUGCGCGCAAGGGUCGCAAAAAGAAGAAGAAGGCCAGCUCCGAGGCGGGGUAUCCCUUGUACGCCACUACGGCGCCGGAUGAAACGGAUCCGGAGGAGAUACUCACCUAUGAGGAGGUGGCCCUGUACUAUCCCCGCGCCACCCACAAGCGACCCAUCGUCCUCAUCGGUCCGCCCAACAUUGGAAGACACGAGCUGCGUCAACGCCUGAUGGCCGACUCGGAGCGGUUCUCCGCCGCAGUGCCACACACAUCACGAGCCCGCAGGGAGGGUGAAGUGCCCGGAGUGGACUACCACUUUAUCACGCGCCAGGCUUUCGAGGCGGACAUUCUGGCGCGCCGCUUUGUGGAGCACGGCGAGUACGAGAAGGCCUACUACGGCACAUCACUGGAGGCCAUACGCACGGUGGUGGCCAGCGGCAAGAUCUGUGUGCUCAACCUGCAUCCGCAGAGCCUCAAGCUGCUGCGCGCCUCCGACCUCAAGCCCUAUGUGGUGCUGGUGGCGCCGCCCAGUUUGGACAAGCUGCGCCAAAAGAAGCUGCGCAACGGCGAACCCUUCAAGGAGGAAGAGCUCAAAGACAUCAUUGCCACGGCCAGGGACAUGGAGGCUCGUUGGGGUCACCUAUUCGAUAUGAUCAUUAUCAACAACGACACGGAGCGCGCCUACCACCAGCUGCUGGCCGAGAUCAACUCGCUGGAACGGGAGCCGCAAUGGGUGCCCGCCCAGUGGGUGCACAACAAUCGCGACGAGUCAUAAUGGGGUGGUGUCUAUCCAUACCGACACACACACCAACACCUACACCUACACCUACACCCCCUUCCCAUAGGAUCCACCGGCCUACACCCCCUAAUCAAACCCAAACUCUUUGUAAAUACAAUUUUCAAUUGAGCCAUGAAGCGGAGAGCAGGAUCGAUUCCAGUCCAGUAGUUCGGUUUGCCUGCAGAAGCGAUUACCCCAUAAACCCCUCCAAUAUUAUACAUAUAUAUAUAUGAAUAUAUUUAUACUAUUCGUUGCAUAUGUGCAUUUUAGUCUUAGAACAAAAGGUUUUUAAUCGUGUGUAUCCCCUUGUUUUGAAAGCAUUCCAACCUCUUUAUGUACGUUCACAAAAUUUGUUGUUCUAAUGAUUUAUUAUCGGGGAUGCCGCAGAAAAUAUAGAAUGUAGUUAUGUGGAAUCAUUAAUUAAAAAGUGAUUUUAAAACAUUAGUUGUUUCUGUGGCAUUGCUGUUUAUUUUUUUUUUUUAUAGUACCACUACCACUAAUUUAUAUUGUAAACUUUUUUUUUUAUUGUUUAAACUAAGCUUGAGCACUUCCUUAAUUUCAAGAGGCAAAUUGAAAUUGUAAAAUAACGAAUGAACGAUGGAAGGAAUACGAGCCCAUAGGCCACAAUCGAUAUGAUAGAACCCAAUAAAAUGUGUAAUAAUACCCAUAAGCGACUCCGAGUGUUAACAGAGCCAGAUCAAUCCGAAGAGAUCCGACGGAUACGGAUACAGAUUCAAAUUCAAAUUCAAAUCCAGAAACAGAAUCAGAAUCAAAAUCAGAAGCAGAUGCAAGUGUUGCAAUUACGUAAUCUAUUUACUUUAUAACAUAUUUACUAUACGGAUAUACAUACACAUAAAUUAUAAAUCGAAGCGUACUUAAUACAACUAAUUUUAAACGAAACAAAUGCAAGAGCAAACCGAAAAAAUAAAAAAAAAAAACCGUUCAAAGGAGAAACAACAAAAUCAGUAAGUCAUUGCCAAAAAAAAAAAGAAAAUUAAUAAAUAAAUGGGGGUAAGAUGAUGAUGAUGAUGAUGAUGAUGCGGAUGGUUAGGAGAAUCACUUAGAGAAACCACUCCACGAGCGAUAUUGUUAAAAACAAAAACGGAAAGGAAAAAACAAAAUAUUUAGCCAAGUUUAAGCACUGUAAGAUAAAGGAAAAACCAAUAAACGAAUGCAAAUAGUAAACCGGCAAAAAAUGCAUUAGGCUAAGACGUCAGAAACAAAAAACCAAGAAAUUCCCAAGUAAAUGUUGUUGUAAUUAAUUAUUUAAACCAAUUCGACUAGAGAAGAGGGAGGGCGGGAGAUAACGUUGGUUUCAACUCCAACCACAACUAACUAACUAACGAACCGACAUAGUUGCGAUACGAAAUAUGACAUGCGUAGGAGAACUCUAUAAAAAUUCCAUUGAAAUUCCGAAGCAUCCGGACGCUAAAUCCAGAAUUUUAUAUUAAAAUAAAAAGAGUGGGUCAAGUAAAAUAGCAAACUAUGUUACGCAAUGUUAAACACUUUAAAGAUUCGAAAAGGGAAUGAUAUCUUAAUAUACCAUAAUAUACACAUACGGUCCGGUUGCCAGAUCCAUUUCGAUCUAUUUUUUUCGGAUGCGAUUUUACCCAUUUUCUAUCGAGUCCCCGAGAUCUUAACUUAUCCGGAUCACUUAUGGAUUCUUGGGAAUCGGAAUUAGAAUACUUUCAGUCCAACAAAUUGAAUCGAAAUCGGGAAUGGCAAAUGGACUAAUAAUAAUAAUAUUCGAAAAUAUUUUUUUUUUGUAGUCAACAAGGUAUAAAAAAAUGUGUGUGCAGUAAAUCUGUUUAAGUUUUUAUUUAUGUAUGUGUGUGGUGUAGCAAAAAACUAAACUAAAUACAAAACAAAUACCUAAAGAAAAACAAAACGGAUUAAAAUAUAGGCACGGUUAUUAAGCCAUUGUACGAAAUUAACGACGUUUAUGAGUAACCCUAACGCAAGAAUGCGGACAAAGUCAGAUGAAAUAACAAUAUUAAUAAUAAUAAUAAUAAAAAAGACAAACCAAGUAA